UCGCACAACAAACAUCACAGACAGAGAGAAAAAAAAGAAGAAAUAUUGUGCAAUACAUAUUCAUUGUAAACAUUUUCCUUUUUCUGUAAUAAAUAUGUAAAUAAUUUUAAUUAAAAAUAAAAAAAAAUAAAAAUAGAAACAAGUGCAAAAAACUAUAAAAUCAAUGUCAAUGUCAAGUACCCAACAAAAUAACGAUAAUUUUACACCCGUAAUUGGUAUUUUAUGCAUCGAUAUUGCAGUAGAUUUACGAAAAACGUACGGAAAUGAUUAUCACAGUUACAUUGAUGCUUUGUAUGUUAAAUAUUUGGAGUCAGCUGGUGCCCGGGUCAUACCAAUUUGGAUAAAUCGUGGCCGCUCUUAUUACGAGGCCAUAAUGAGCAAAAUAAAUGGUAUUUUGCUGCCCGGUGGUGCCGUAUACUUUGAUGCUAAAUACUGUACGGGAGAUUUGCGCAACGAUUGUGUUCAAAGUUCUAAAUAUAUUUAUGAAAUUGCCAAAGACUUAAGUGUAAAGGGCCACAAUUUUCCUUUGUGGGGUACAUGUAUGGGUUUCCAGUUAAUGCUAACACAUUCGGCUGAUCUCGUAGAUAUACGACAGGAUUGUCAGCAAAUGCACUGUUCGUUGCCGGUCAAGUUUGAAAGUGAUAAAGUUUUAGCAUCAUCCAAACUAUUUGCACAUAUAGACAACGAGGUAAAAUUAAAAAUGUCCUCACUACCAUUUGGUGUGCACUAUCAUCAGUAUUGCAUCACAAAGGAAGACUUGUGUAUCAAUAAAAUUGAUAAACAAUGGACAGUUUUGGCCUGCAAUGAAGAUGAAAAGGGCUUGGAAUUUAUCACUAUAAUUGAACACAAUAGUUUACCCUUCUAUGGCUCACAAAUACAUCCCGAACGUGUAAUAUUCGACAAUUUUGUGUCGAACAAUAUAUCCCAUCAUUGUUUAGAAUGUUUUGAGUUGGCUCAGUAUUUUGGCAAAUUUUUUGUUCAUCAAUGUAAUCUAAAUGAAAAUCGUUUCAAUAGCAAGGAAGAAGAGUCACGACACUCUAUUUAUCAUUUUCCUAUAGUACUUAAUGUAACAGCUGAUAGGAAACAAUUUCGUCAAUAUUAUUUAUUUAAAGAUGAUGCCGAUUAUCCCAAAGAACUGGAAAAUUAAAUAUAAGUAUGAAAUACAACUUUAAUUUGCGGCAAAAUACAAACAUUGUGAAAGGAACGUGAUAUUUUAAAUAAGACUUAUAAUGCCAUUAUUACUUACAUAGUUGCUAUAGUUACAAUAACUAAAUAUGUAAAAACUAGUUUAUGAGAAAGAUUUCAGAAUAUUUUAUUUCAAGGUCCUCAUUUUAUAACACGAAACGACAAAGGUUUGAGCAAAUUUGUGCGUUAAAUAUUGCAGUUUGAAAACUUCAUCCUGUAUGCCUUAUACAAAUUUCUUUCGUUAUUAAAACGAGGCCUUUGCAACAACCAUGUGAUCAUUUAUUUAUAAUUAAUUAUAAUAUACCUCCGUAUUCUGAAAGUUAUACCAUUGACAAGUUAUUUAGAAAACAAAAAAAUUUACAACUUUUGUAUGGAAAUUGUUAUUAAAACAUUUUUAUAAUAAUUUUGUCAUUAUCAUGAGAAUACUCUCGAAAAUCGAUUUAGCAAUUGCCUAUUAAAUAA